GGGUGUGUUGCACGGUAUUGUUUUCUUUGCUAGAAGAAGGCGGAAUUGCCCGGCGCGUCUGAGCAGAAGAUUUCCAGCCAUAUUUCUAUCGAAGUACAGUAAAAACACAGAUAGCUCUUGGCUAGAACUAGUUGAGCUGGGAAGCGCAUAUAGAAUGCCGCAUAUCUCGUGUAUAGGAGCGAAAGUGAUGGAUAGUAAAAUAAUGAAAAAAGUCUACCCUGGGUGCUGUUCAGGUGAAACUAGAACUUGGACAUCGUGCCCAGGUCAGAAAGAAACCCACGGUGGAAGGCUUUACGCACGACUGGAUGGUGUUUGUCCGAGGACCAGAGCACAGCAACAUUCAGCACUUUGUGGAAAAAGUAGUUUUUCACCUGCACGAAAGCUUCCCAAGACCAAAAAGAGUGUGCAAGGAUCCACCCUAUAAAGUGGAAGAGUCUGGAUACGCAGGCUUCAUCUUGCCCAUUGAAGUUUACUUCAGAAAUAAGGAAGAACCUAAGAAAGUGCGCUUCGACUACGACCUGUUUCUACACUUGGACGGCCACCCGCCAGUCAAUCACCUGCGCUGCGAGAAGCUCACCUUCAACAAUCCCACGGAGGAGUUCCGCAGGAAGCUGCUUAAAGCCGGCGGGCAACGGGAUCCUCACAAAAGAAGUUUGGACGACUCUCAAGUGAUGGUAAUGCAGGAGGGUUCCACAUCUCUGUUCGGCCAGCACCUCAAGCUGCCCACCCUCCCCAGCAACUCCCUGACAUUGACCUUCUCAGACGCUAAGAAAAGCAAGGCCUUCCCAGGGUCGAAGGACGGCUUCAAAGGAUCUGACUCUCUCCUCACCACAACCACCACCAGCUCAUCCAAGCUCCACAAACCCUCCAAGGACUACAAGGACAAGCCUUUGAAAGAGCCCAAAAGUGCCUUCAGAGACUGUAGCAGGGAACCAAGCAAAGCCUCCAAAGAUACAUCCAAGAAACCCAAAGAGAACCAGCCUCUUCGGGACAACCCCCCCAUCCCCAAGAUGGGCUUCAAGGAGCCCAAAGCCAUGUCCAAGGAGCACCGGCAGGAUGGGGGCUACUCGCACGGGGCUGGGAAUGGGACAGGGACUAACAAGCGACUGUCCAUCACCGACAGCGAGGACCACCUGACCAAAAAGCGCAAGAAGGGCUUCUCGGAGUUGACGUUAAAGCCACCGGGGGGCUCGUUGCUGCCGUACCCCCAGUCCCACUACUCGGAUAAGAAACUGCUGAAGGACAAAUCCCAGGUGCGGCCCGCUAAACUGCGGGUGGACGGCGGUGAGGCGCUGGGGGAGCGCAGGAAGGCGCCGACGCUACCUCCGUUCUCGGAGUUGACGGACGCCAACGACUCCGACAUGGAGGACAAUAUGUCCACCAAAUCAGAUUCGGAGCAGCCCAGUCCAGCCAGUUCAAGCUCUAGUUCCAGUUCAGGAUUUGCAGCCAGCCACAAACGCCAAGUGGCCGAAUUCGUCCGCAGGAAGGUAGGGGCCGUCCCUGCCACAGCCCACACAGUGUUGGGUCCCCUUCGUUCAAUAAUUCACGACCUGCACUCCGACGACAACGAGGAUGAUUCGGAGGAGGAGGACAACGAUGACAACGACAUGGACUCUGACCUGGAGCGACCGAUGCACACGCACAUGACACACCGCCACCGCCGGGUCAGCUUGAGUGACGGCACUGAGAGUGAAAACAGCUCAGCGCCCUCUCCCCACUCUCGCCACGAGCCCCCGCCUUUAAUAAACACCAGUAAUAACCAGAUACUGGAGGUGAAGAGCCCCAUUAAGCAAACGAAGCAGGAUAAGAAUAAAAACAUUGACUGUGACAAGGCUUACCUGGAUGAGCUGGUGGAGCUACACAGACGACUGAUGACACUGAGAGAGAGGCACAUACUCCAACAGAUAGUGAACCUCAUCGAGGAGACUGGACACUUCCACAUCACAAACACCACGUUUGACUUUGACCUCUGCUCCCUGGACAAAACUACAGUGCGGAAGCUCCAGAGUUACCUGGAAACGUCUGGAACGUCAUGAGGUCUGGGAG